UGGCGGACUGGCGCUGCAGUGAAUUGCGUAACAAAAGCACACUCGCCUCCCAACGCUACGCUGAAAACUUUCGCCCGGUCCGCGCCUACGGGAUGGAGGAGCGAAAAACGAAGUAACUUUCCCGCGGUGCGCGUUCCCUCUUUCUGCCGUUAAAAAUUGUUUCUUUUCACGCUGGAUACUUCAGAGGACAUUCGGACUUCAGCAUCUGCCUUUUCUUUUUAGUUCUUGAAGUUUCCUGAUAAAGUUGACUGUGGUGAAUCGUGACCCAUGCGGGUUCUACCGACCACAAGUAAAAUAGUGUGGACGUUCUGAGUGUGUUGUGUUAUUCUCUUUGUUUUGCUUUGCUAACCGGCGAGUGGUGGAGGCCGUUGGCCGGUGGGACCGCGCUGGUGGUAGGAAUCGAUACUGCGGCGGGAGCGGCGAAGAUAUUUCCAGCGACAUGUAGAUAUUGGCGGUUACGGCGAGAGCGAGCGGUUGGAUCCACCACUCCACAUGCCGAAAACACUCCGCAGUCAGCAGAAAGAUGUCCUAAUAUGGGUUGGUCAUGCGUCGUGGCACGCGUUGUGGCCUUCUUCCUCAUGCUCAACGGGGUAUCUGCUCUCACAUCCGACAUUUUUGCUGCGGGAAAGUCGGACAAAGAGAUAUUAGACAACCUUCUGAAAAACACCCGCUACGACAAAAGACUGCUUCCGCCAGUAGAUGAUCCAGAAUUCUGUUGUGGUCUAACUUCUCCCAACGACUCUUUGGCACAAAGUAAGGUCGGCUUUCCAUCGCUCCGGCCUCGGUCGCACAAUCGUGGUGUACUCACCGUUAAUGUUAGCGUGCUACUUCUAAGCUUAGCUUCUCCAGACGAAUCUAGUCUUAAAUACGAGGUGGAAUUUUUACUUCAGCAGCAGUGGUAUGAUCCGCGAUUACGGUACUCCAAUCAGUCUCAUUACGAUUACCUGAACGCUAUCCACCAUCACGAAGACAUUUGGCUGCCCGACACAUACUUUAUCAUGCAUGGAGAUUUUAAGGAGUAUUCUGAACAUUCACGGGAUCCAAUAAUACCAAUGCAUUUCGCGUUGCGUAUUUAUCGUAAUGGAACUAUUAACUAUUUAAUGCGGCGGCAUCUCAUCUUAUCCUGUCAAGGACGGCUCAACAUCUUUCCAUUUGAUGACCCAUUGUGUUCAUUUGCCUUAGAAAGUAUAUCUUAUGAGCAGUCAGCGAUAACGUAUGUUUGGAAGAACGAUGAAGACACUCUUCGAAAAUCGCCUUCUUUAACUACUCUAAACGCAUACCUCAUCCAAAAUCAAACCAUCCCCUGCCCUAUCAAGGCUAGUUGGAGAGGUAAUUACAGCUGCCUCAAAGUGGAUCUCAUCUUUACGCGGGAUAGAUCUUUUUACUUCACAACAGUUUUCAUUCCGGGGAUUAUUUUGGUGACAUCAUCAUUUAUUACUUUUUGGCUGGAAUGGAAUGCAGUGCCUGCUAGAGUCAUGAUAGGUGUAACUACAAUGUUGAACUUUUUCACAACAUCGAACGGAUUUCGAUCCACGUUGCCAGUCGUCUCUAACCUGACUGCAAUGAACGUGUGGGACGGUGUGUGUAUGUGUUUCAUUUACGCCUCCCUCUUGGAGUUUGUGUGCGUCAACUACGUCGGCAGAAAACGACCACUCCACAACGUGGUCUACAGGCCCGGAGAGAAUCCGGUGACACAGCCUGGAGACAAAAAGCGGGAGUCGACAGGUGCGGCCGAUUUAGUUUCGUGUACUGCCUGUACAGGAGCUCCUGGCUCAUGUACGCACACUGCAAACAAUGGCGGUGUAUCGGAGCCAUGUUUCGUCCAGGUCCGCAAAAAAGAACCGCCGCACCCAAUUCGAGUGGCGAAGACCAUCGACGUCAUCGCCCGAAUCACGUUCCCCACCGCUUAUGCCGUGUUCCUCAUCUUCUUCUUCAUUCACUACAAAGCGUUUUCUUAAUGCUGCCUCUACUUUACCGCUGCUACUGGCUUUGUGUGAACGGAUGAUGAUUGCGUGUUUUUAUAUUUCGUAUUUACCAAGAUACAUAUACCUAUUGUACCAGUUCGAUAUACACACACUGCAAUAUUUAUGACGAGUUGACGUCAAUGAUUUGUGAAUAAACUGUAGUGAUCGUAAGGGACAUAAUAUUAUGUAUGAUCAUGGAACAUGAUGCAUUGUCGAGGAACUGUCGCUGUAGCUAACGAUUGUCGAUUGACGGUACAGGCAUGCGAAUUUUCUAUGAGUUUCAAAAAAAUUCGAGAGAAAUUAUUUAUACUUCAGUGCGUAAAACUACAUGAAUACUACAUGGCUAUUAUUAUAUAAGUCAAUGAGGGAUCAUUAGCCACGUAAAUGCUAUGUAAAUCUCGGUAUCUAUAAGAUUCAGCGCUCUCUGGCGGGAAGGCUUGACACAGAAUAUUUAGGUAACGAAUAGUACUUUGCCCUAAUAUUAUACCAUUACGGUUGAAAUUUCAUGAAUAAUCGUUGUGGCUAAAACAAGGCCUCGGUGCGCUGAUAUCAGCAUGCUUUAUGAUGCAGUUGAAUAGCAAUGGCCGUCAGUAUGCGCUUGCAUGUAGAGAUGUAUCUCUCGCCAUACCUUCCUGCCAGUGUGCGCCGGUCCCCAGGAGUCCACUACUACGGUCAUCGCUAUUGAAUACAGGGUGUUUUGUAAAGCUACAUGAUAGCAAAAAGCAAGUGACAUGGUAUAUGAUUGUCACCUAACUAGAACAACUACAGUUCUAUAAGAAUCAAUCAUGUAUUACUGACUCUUCAGGAACGAGGAAGGGAAGACUUACUAAUUUUUGAAACAGUAGAUGGACCGUGGACCUGGCUCAUUUACGCUUUAGACAAUCUUGGCUACGGCGCAGCCCCACUCAUAGUGAUAUGUUAUAAAAAAUCUAUUUCAAACUUAGAGAUAUUUAGUACAGUUGUAUUUAUUGCUUUUAAGUUUAGAAAAUUACUAUAGUAAGAUAGAUAAAAGACAUGACUUUUUAUAUUAAUUAGGAAUAAUCACAAUAGCUCUUAGUUUACUUUUGUCACGUACACCUGCAUGAUGCAUGGGAUGAAUAAUGUUCUCGACAUGGGCAGUGUGCAAUGGGCAACGGCCAUGUUGUUCUGAUUUGUAAGUUUACGUUAAAUACUCGUGUUGUAAGAAGUUAUGCUCGUAUGUAGAUGCGUAGGUAAAGCUCAAGUCGUUAUAUUUUUUUAAUUCUAAUAUACUCGAUGGCGUAUGAGUUGUCACUGAAUUUAGAGGUGUAUGCUGUUUAAACAAUAUUAUAUUGUUUAUUUAAUGUACCUAGUUAUAAUGUGUUCGUACCGUUUGUUUAACCUCGUACCAUGAACAUGCCUUCUAUUUGUGAAAGCAUUAUUUUUGCCUGAAUAAAAUCUAGUGAUUAAAAAAACUUGGUGUAAUGUGCCGCUGGCUGUAAAUAUUUAAUAUGAAUUACACCUAUUGAUACGUAAGGUUGCUGUUGACAUAAAUUUAAUUAAAUUGUAACGAGAUACUCGUGAUAGUAUCUAAAUAUUGUGCUGUGAGACCAUACCGUCACCUUAUAUGUUGCGUAGGUAGAUCGAUGCUAAGUUAAUUAUAAUUAUUAUACCUAAUGUUAAUCCUUAACUCACCGUAAUAAUAAAACAUAGCAUUCACGUAAAGCUAGCUGCUGUCCUUAUAGUAUAAUAUAUAUUAUAAACAAGCAAAGCUCUCCGUCUGUGCGUAUGUUAACAAAAUUAUAUAUUUUGCAAUCAAUUAUCCAUUUUGUGAAAAAUAUUAUCGCAUUAAUGCCGAUAUGUAUUCGGUACUUACACACUCAAUAUUUUCUUAUAAAAUAUAUUGUCAUCGACAGUAUGCCUUUGGCUAUAAGUGUGGACCAACGAGUCUAAUGUUUUGGAUAUUAGAUUUUAUAUACGAAAUAUUAAAUACAAUAACAAUUAAGAAAACACGUUUUGGCUGUGCUUAAAACACAAAAUGAUUGUAAUAAAUUAUUAAAUAAAAACAGGUAUAUACGUAGUAAUUACUAAGUAUAUACCUAUAUAUUGUGUAAAUUUAAAACGCCAUACUUGUCAGGUAAGUUCACAGAUCCCAAGAAAUUACACUCAUCACAUACCCAACUAAACUAACGGUUGAGAUGCACGAAAACUUUUGUUACAUCGUACUACUGAAUAUUAAUUUCAUCAAUUCAGUUUAUAGGUCGCACAAGUGCAAUUUAGCGCUAACUUAUUAUUAUUAUUAAUUAUAUAUUAUUAUUAACUAAUUCUUAUACUGUUUUUUUUUUAAAUAUCUAAUUUUAAUAAUAUUUAAUCAUUAAAUCACGGCUAACCAAUAUUAACGUGACGUAUCACAUCUGUACAUUAAUUUCUGGAAAAUAUCAAAUAUGUCUACAUUUUUACAUAAGUUAAGUAGUGCGAAUUUGGACAUGAUAUCAACAAAUACAAAUGAGUAUUUUGUGAACUUGGUAUGUAACAGUAAAAUAACCAUUAUUUAUACCAGUUUUCAUAGUUAAAUGUAACAGAAUUUUUCGUGUAUCCGUUACUCAUAUCAUUAAAUAUUUUUUGCCUAAGAUAAUAAGUAUUAUGAUUUUCUUUGCAUGUAUGUUCGUAUAAGUUAACGCUUGUUUAAAGGAUAGAUAUUGUAUAUUAUCCGGGCUCAACUCUUGUGCAUUUGUUAACUAACGAGUCAAUUUUACCUAAAUUUUCUGAAGUAUAUAAUAUAAAUUCGAAUGGUGCGUUUCUACUAUAUAAAUAAAUUAACUAUAAAGUAUAAAGAUAUUUACGUUCGGCAAACAAUAUUAAUGUUUCCGUGAUAUAUAAACUGUGGUUUAAUUGUUUAAGAUCAGAAAUUAUUUAUAGCAUUUCUUUGUUUAUGUUUCUUCAAUUAGUAUUUUCUGGUCUGAGUUUAAAUGAAAACAAAUGUAUCAUUUUUUUUACUUAGUACUUACUUCAAAACUAAACCUGUAUUUUGUAUUUGAUUAAAAUUAACAACGUUGCUAAAUAUAUGUAUAAUUUUCCAGAUACUUAUAUUCAAGUUUUAACAGGAUUUCUUAAUUUAUUUCAUUUAUAAGUAAUUCUAACAUGUCAAUGGCCAAUUCUUACUCCUUGUAAGAAUAAAACGAAUUAAAUUAGAUUAGUCAAAUUAAAAAUGACUUUAAUAAAUAAAGACUUAAGUACUUACAAUCAAUUAUGUGGACAAUGCAAUGCCAUAAACCGUGAAAUACAAUUAUAAUUGUUGAUAAAGGUAAAAUAUUAUUAAACUAAUUUAUAUAAUCAUCCCAAAAUUUACAAAUAACAAUUUCAAUUAUAAUAUGGUUCUUUGGGACUAAGGCGGUGGCGAAAGAUUAAAAUAUAAAUUAUCGUGCAAAUCCUUGGCUGAUUCAAAUACUGCCUUAUAACUAAGUACUUAUAGUAAUUGAAAUAUUUGAUAAAAUAUUGUGAAAGGGAUAUCUCCACUACAGGUGAUGUUAGAAAUAAAGCAAUCACACGUAUACCACUUAAUCUGUAUGAAUAUUACGAACCUUUACAGAUAAAUAAUAGAAAUAUGUUGAGAUUAGAGAGUGCUACAGGGCUGAAUAUCCAGUGAAUAACCAACUCUGCAAUGAAACCAUGUCUUUAUUUAGAUAUAUGUCAUUGAUAAUCUUUAUUUAUGAAUUGUUAUUAUAUUUUCUGGCUACGUAAAUAUAUAACUUAUAUUUAACACAAUACCACAGAAAUAAAGCUAUAAUGUUGAACGUAAUAUUAUUUUGCUAAUAAACAGUCUUGAUAAAAAUCUCGCAAUUGCACUGUCGGCUAUAGGAUCGAAGAUCAAGAUAGAUGUGCCUAGUUUAGUUCUGUAGUACUCCUGUCAUGGUUGUUAUAAAGUCCUUCUAUUAUUUAAAAGUUUUAAAGGUUAAAUAUAUAUCAAAACUUAGAAAAAUAUACUUAUGUUUAAUGCUGUCGUCUCUCUGUGUCUAUAUUAUGUGAAUGGCGUUAUACUAAUAAGUCCGUGUUUUCACAGGAUAUAAAAUCAGUUUUUUUUAACUAAAUUCACUGACCUAAAUCAAAAUUUUUACGUUUUAUUUAUUUUGAUAAAAAGUACUUAUUUACAAUAAACUGAAUAAUUUUAUUCUUAUGAGAUUAGUAUACAAAUCAAAUGACUAUGGGAAAUCUUUAUUUGAUUUUGGUAUUUUUUUUUAAAGUCAAGUGCGUCACAUGCACUAGCUUAGCGGACCAUACGUUGAGUAGAGCUGGCCGCACCGCGCAAUGGAGAAUUUCUUGCAUCAAGUUCGUAGGACAGCACCGAGUACCUACGACAGGUUUUAGGAUAAAAAUGAAAUCAAAUUGAUAUAGGAGGUAAAAACUAUUAUUUCCCGUAGAAGAUACGGACUUAUCAAGUCGCCUCUGAGGAUAAUUUAAUUAUUACCGUUCAAUGAGAUUUAUUAUAUUGUUUCCUUCCAAAAAAUGAAACAAAUUAUAAAUUUGCUAAAUAUUUUAUAAUACCUAUCUAAAAUAUAAGGUAAAAAUAACAUAUCAUUCGCCUUAUAAGGUCCUUCUUUGUAAGUAUAAUAUUAUAUUUUGCUUUUUCUAUAUAAUGUUGUAUAAAUACUUAUUUCAUAAACUUAAAGGCUACUUAAUAACUUAAUAUUUCAUCGUUGAAACUUAUGUCCCCAAAAAAUAAAUUUAUAUUAUCUAAUAUGUUUUUGUAACUAUGUAUCUCUACUGUCUUUAUCGUGUAACCUGCUCUGUCCGUAUUUAAGUUCCUAUCGUGUAAUAAUGAUACAGGUAUACUUAGAUUGCUUUCCUUUGUUUUUUACUCGGUGUCACUUUAUCUUCUUUAUAUAAAUAUCAGUAUCACCAACAAGUCUAAACAUUGCAUAAUAUCAACCUUUAUUUUAUAUCAUAUUAUUGUAAUAAUGUCAAAUUAUUUGACUAGAAAUGCACCAAUUGUGAUUUUAGACUUUAUUAAAUACAGCUAAAGACUGUCAGACUUAAUUAAAUACAGAUAACAAUCUGCAUAACUUAUAAUCUCUGUACCUAUAUAAUAUUAUAAAUUGCAACUUAUUAUUUACUGCUAUAUUCUUAAAUAACAUUCGGAGUAUUUAGACGCUUUUUCACGAAAAUACGAAAUUGUUUUUAUUUUAAUCCGAAAUAUGCAGCCGGAUAUUGUUAAUAGCCUAGGUAGGCCAGACAUCCGUACAUACGAUUAAUAUCCGUCAACUUCUAACGACAAUUGAAAUCAGGGCCUUUGCUCUAUUGAACCUCCACACUCGAUCUGUUGAUCUUUGCCUUGCUCAUUGCCUUCCAUGAUUAAGUAAAUAUUCUGGCCACGUAGUCCGCCUAACCAUGUCACCAACCUACUCUUUUUUAUUCACGAAUUACUCAGAGCUACUUGUGUAGACCGUUUUAGUCCUUGUCAAAUAAAGUUUCUAAUCAUAUUACCUACUCAAAGUAGGUACUUAACUCAAAAUAUAGCUCCGUUCUACCGUUCGCAACUAUAUUGUUUUUAAAGACUUACUCCAUGAGGAAUUACUAUGACUCGACUCCCUGGAUCAUUAUGAUGUCACUAAACUGAUCUAUCUAAGGAAAAUUGCCUUUCGCCUUGUUUCGUAAAUGAGCGUCUAAAUAUAAUUGUAAUUAUUGCCCACUCAUAUACUCGUAUAAGAAUCGCUUGCUAGCACUACCUAAAUUUGUAAUAUUUAAGUUUAUUGUUGUAAAGAUAUCAUAGUUGAUGAACAUUAAUAUAAUGUUUAGGUAGUUGUCUCAGAAUAUAUACUAUUUUUUGCAGCAUAUUAUUAGGUUUAUUAAGCUUUAAAAUACGCACUUGACUUUGGGCAGGCUUAUGAUAAUUGAGAGAAUCCUAAGCUUAUUAAGUAUAUUCCAAUACUUGCUAUACUGUGUGUCAAAAUUACUAAAGUUGAAUUUAUUACUAACAGAUAGUAGAAUUAUAAAUAUAAGGUGUCUGCCGGCAGAUUAUUGUCUUUUAAAAAAUCAAAAAUAAUCAGCGAUUGAAAAAUUAUAUGAUAUUUUAAGAGUUUAAUAAUGCGGAUUUUAUAAUUGGGAGAGGAUAACCAAAUGCUAUCCAGUAAGCGUUAUAACUCCUCCAAUCUGACGCACAUUUUGCCGCAGUCUCCUUAUCUAAGCAAUGAGGUUUGUCAUGAAAAAUUUUCUUGUCAACCAUUUAUUUGUUGUCGAGAACUUAGUGUAUACUCUAAAAAAGAGUUAAUUCCACAAGAAAAGGUCAUAAUGGAUCAAUAAAUCAAAUUGUUUGGCAAAGGCAUGUCAUCAAAGCGACCGCCGAUUUUCUCAGGAACUCUAUAUAAGCCUCAAAUGAAAGUAAACGGUGCGGUCCAGUUCAUUGAUUAAUUGCUAUAAAAAAUGUAAAAUAUCUUUUCUAUCAUCUUGCUAUGGUUCGAAUACAAUGCGAAUUUAUAGUCAAAAUUGUGCCUGCGGACACUCUAUGUAUCAAAA